AACAAUCGGAAAUGGCACCUUGCAAGGGCACGGAAAAGAAGGAGGAACAGGUCAUCAGCCUCGGACCUCAGGUGGCUGAAGGAGAGAAUGUAUCUGGUGUCUGCCACAUCUUUGCAUCCUUCAGUGAUACCUGUGUCCUUGUUACCGAUCUUUCUGGCAAGGAAACCAUCUGCCGAGUGACUGGUGGAAUAAAGGUAAAGGCUGACCGAGAGGAGUCCUCUCCAUAUGCAGCCAUGUUGGCUGCCCAGGAUGUGGCCAAGAGGAGCAAGGAGCUGGGCAUCACUGCCCUGCAUAUCAAACUCUGGGCCACAGGAGGAAACAGGACCAAGACCUUGGACCUGGAGCCCAGUCAGCCCUCAGAGCUCUUGCUCGCUCUGGGAUGAAGAUUGGGCGGAUUGAGGAUGUCACCUCC